CAUGUUUUGAUACAUGGAUGUAAGAUAUUCAGGGCCCGAGAGCUAUACUCGCGGACUGAAGAAAGUCAAGAUGUCCAUGGACUCGCGAGGUCGCUUCUCACUCCGGCCGAGUUUUCCCUGCCGCCUAUUUUUCUACAAUAGGGAAUAGCAAUUAAUAAUACGUGGCGCUCGCGGUUUGUGCCAGUAUGGUACUUUUUGUCGACGCAGCGGGUGCAUACCUGGAUUUCCAUAACGUGGCGUCUUUGCCCCCUCACCGAGACACAGACAAUCCUUCCAGGUUCGGUGCCCCGCGCGAGAACGCCAUGUCGCUGGCGACGCGGCGCUUCGGCGCCGCAGCGGCACUUCUAGUCGCCGCAUGCGUGCUAUGCACAGCUCCUGCGUGGGCUCAGAAUGAGACUACUGGCACCGGCAUGGUCAAGACGAAGAGCGCCUUCCGUUGGAUUCGCCCACCUCCCGCCCGCCCGCCUCCCUUCCGCCGGCCUCCGCCUGCGCAGACCCCAUAUGUGCAUAAGGUCGAGUACACAGAGCUGCAGAUCCUGUGCCCCCAGACCAUCGACUCGGUGACUGGGUACCCCAUGGACGACCCGAGAUGCAACGUGCCCCGUGCCACCGUUGCUGCUGGCGAGGAGGCGCUGACCAUUCGUAACGAGUUCGAGCUACUGAAUGGUGACGUGCUCAACGUGACCCUUGAGGAGGUGGACACGCCCGAGAACCCCAGCCGCCGCCGCCUUCUGUCCAUCAUUCGCGAGGAGCAGCGCACGGGCCGCGUCCUGCUGGCCACCAGCGCGGAGCUCCCGACCCCCACGUUCAGGUUGAAGAGCCUGAAGAGCAUCCUUAAGGGUUCCCAGAAGGAGAUUUACGCCGGCAAGCCCAUUGACCUGCGCACGAUUGUGUACAUCAUGGACUUUAGCAGCUGCAAGCUGUCCGGCUGGUCGGCCCCCGCCACCCUGACCCCCGAGAAAGUCACGUCGGACAUGCUGCGCGGCGCCAGUGCCCCCACCAAUAACCUGGCUAACUACUAUGGGGCCUGCUCGUACGAGAAGACCCUGUUCAAUCCCGACAACUUCUUGGUGCUGGGCCCGGUGCCCGUGCCCUGCAUUGGUGGCGUCACGCCGCCGCCCCGUCCUCCGCGCCCGCCGCGGCCGCCUCCGCGCGCCGGCUCCACCAUUUCGUCCCUGUCGCGCCGUAACGACACCUACGACGACUGGUGGGAUCUGUCCAAGUACUGCACUGCCUCGGAGCAGCAGGCUUGGGAGCGCGCCGCUGAGGCCUACGCCCAGGCGAUUGUCGCUCAGGACCCCAACAGCGCGACCGGCAAGAAGCUCCAGGGCAUCCUGCAGUGGAGGGAGCGCCGGCGGAACAUCUACAUCCUGCCGCCCGGCGUCAAGUGCUCCUGGUCGGGCUACGCCGACGUGACCUGCACGUCGGCCACCUGCAGCGCCUACGUGCGCGGCUACUCGGACACCAACGCCAUGCAGGUCAUCAUGCACGAGGCGAUGCACAACUACGGCCUCGAGCACGCCGGCCGCGGCACACUGGAGUACGGUGACGCCACCGACGUCAUGGGCGACUUCAACAAGGCCGGCAAGGGCCUGCUGUGCCCCAACGCCCCCAACAUGUACCGCAUCGGCUGGGCCAAGCCCAUCAACGAGCCCGGCGUCGCGCCCUUCCAGAAUGCGACCGGCGCGUGGGGCAACCUCACAGCCGCCAACUUCACCACCGACCCCUGGAUCAGGGGCCUGGUCAUCCCCGCCCAGGGCACCCGCGAUGACAACAUGAUCGUGGUCAACGUGGGCGCUCAGAGCACCCGGGACGGGGCAAUGAAGGCUACCGGCGCUCAGGCCUACUACUUCUCCUACCGCAUUAAGAACACCACCGCUGGCGGCUACGACUCUGGCCUGACCUUAGACUUCCAUAAGAAGGUGCUGGUCCACGCCUACAACGGCAUCCAGUCGGAGCGCGUGUUUGGCUUCAAGUCCAACCUGUUGGACUGGGGCCCGAACUUCCAAUCCAGGAGCAACACCUGGACUUCACCCUUCCUGGCGUAUAACAACGGUCUUGGUGGUGGCGUGAGGCUGGUGGUGCAGAGCACUUCUGACACGCAGGCCGUCGUGGACAUCUGCCGCAUCAGUGAGAACGGCAAGGAGCUGUCGUGCGACGAUGGUAUUGACAACGACUGUGACGGCUUGCAGGAUAAUGAGGAUCCCGACUGCCAGUAAAGCCGUGCCCCAGACUCCCUGACUAGUGCGCAUGCUGCUGCAGUAGUGUCUAGUUCAUAAGACUAGUGGUUUUUGAUAUGGUCGUCAUGCAUUUCCUGUGCAUGAGGGAGAUGCAAUUGCUUUGUGCAAGUCAACCCUAUGUCUGAUACAACUGACGGCGGUCCUGUGCAAGCUGCGGUUGGCGUGACUGUUGUGUAGAGGUGGCCGGGUCCAUCCAACUCACGCCCAUGGGUGGUCAGUUGUGACUGUUGCGGUGUUGCUGUUGAUUUUGGUACAUAGACUAAACAGGCUGCAAGGUCUUUCGUUCGUCUGGCUCGUAAUAUGGCGCGAACGCCCUUCAGCAGGGAUUGCCUGUGUUUCUUAUUCAUUUGUGAUCCGUCCAUGCGCAACUGGCGGGAUUUCCCUUGAUAUGGUUGUAACACCUAUGGAACAUGGUAGCCUGCCUCAUGCAUGGUGGGGACCCGCCCGUGCGCUUUUGUGCCAGCACCGUUCAGCCUCUUGGCGGCCGGGGGAUUUUUGGGUUGGGGUACUUGUUGGGCACACCGGCACACGGUGGCACUGGUGGCAUCACUGGCACCGUGCACAGAACGUGAAUGAACCGCAACCCUCCUGCCUUGGCGUACGGGUGGGGGGCGCUAUGACAGCUGGGAGCUCCUGCACAUCACUCACGGUCUCAUCCUCCACUGCGCCUUGGCCUUCGGGCCUUGGCCUUGUGGCUGGAGGCAGGCUCGGCGGCCAUAGUUGGUGAGUGAGUCAACUGAAGCUGGGGGGAAACUAACCCAACUUCUCUCAGUCCGUUGAUUGGGACUCGUCCUUCUCUAGUCUUGGCGCAGCACCUUUGCGGUUUACUGGCCUGCACGCGGCCAGGCGUGCCAGCUGGUGCCGUACCGGAAAGAUAAGGGCAGCCAUGUUGACGACUUGACAGUUGGCGUGUGUGAUGGGACAGUGGUAAGGCAGGUUGGUAAAGUCCCGUAGGGCGCAGCUAAUUCCCAUACCCAACAAAUGGCAAGCGAUUGGCAGAGGCAGGGCAAGAGUGCGCGGCUGGUCUAACGCCGGAGUUACUGUACCGACGAGUUGGCGUGACGUGCCAAUAGGCCGCGCUAGGCCUGCCUACUUGUGCCGUUUAGUGCCGUGCCGGAAAGGGUAGCGCGGAGCCUGUUUGGCCAAUCGCCCAGGGGUUGACAGGGGCAGCAUUGUGCCCCGAUCUUGCGAGUAGUCAGCGGCGCAACGCUGCGCUAGCUGCAGAUCAGAGGUGCAGAGGCUGAGCCCUGCCCGGAGGAUGCGCAUGCGGGCACAGGCGUCAGUGGCGCUGACUCCGACCUGAAAAAGGAACUGAUCCACUAGUCUAGUUCUAUAUGUUCUGAGCUUUGUAUUGUCUUACGCGUCAAGCAGGCACCUCCAGGCCCGUAUUAUUAGGGCUGUCAGAGCACCUGCUGGCAGCAGAUCUGGUGGAAGUCAUAUGGCGGUCGCAGCAGUACCAUUAUGUUUUUGGGCAAGCGCCAGAGCAACAGACGAACUGGCCCGGUUGGGCUUAAUUGCGGCUUAAUUGCGCACGGAGGACCUUUUUUUCAAGCGGGGCUGAGCUUCGCUUUUUAAAAGCU